AUGCUCCAAUUGGGUUAUUCCCCUAAUGGGUUUUCCUUUUCUGCUGUUCUCAAGUCAUCUUCAAUGUCAAACCUUCAUCAGCUCCAUGAUUUGAUUAUAAGAUCAGGGUAUGAGAGUAAUGAAUACGUAUUAAGCUCUCUUGUUAUGGCUUACACCAGAAAUGCAAAGCUGCUUUCUUGGCUAGAAAAACCUGAUGCUGUAUCCUGGAACAUUGUCAUUUCAGCUUGCACUCGGAGCAAUAAUUAUGACGAGGUUUUUGCGCUUUUCAAGCAUAUGCAUUCUGCAUGCAUCCAUCCAGAUAGUUACUCAUUUAUGAGUGUAAUAUCUGUGUGCACCAAACUUUGCCUUCUGGAUUGGGGCAGUUCUCUUCAUGGACUUAUUAUAAAGACUAAUCUUGGUAACUAUGACACAUUUUUGGGCAAUGUACUAAUUGACAUGUAUGGGAAGUGUGGAAGCAUUGACAGUUCAAUGAAAGUUUUUGAAGAAAUUACGAACAAAAAUAUUAUUACAUGGACAACUUUAAUUACUGCUCUUGGGCUGAAUGGUUAUGCUUAUGAGGCAGUGAUGAGAUUCCAAAACAUAGAAUUGAUGGGGUUGAAGCCUGAUGCAUUAGCACUCAGAACAGUGCUUUGUUCUUGCAGAUAUGGUGGAUUAGUGAGCGAAGGCAUGGAAAUUUUCAGGAAGAUGGGAACCAGGCUGAAUGGUGCUCCUACAAAGGAGGAUGGCGUUUCCAGCAUUAUAUGUUUCUUAUGCCAGCUUGUGAUUGACACCUUGGGCCAUGGUUUUCCUAGAGAUAGAUACCUGGCAGAGAAUGUGAACCGCAAUGAGGACGAGAGAGGCACUUGCAGAGAUUACCAAACAAAUGUGAACCCUAGCAAAGAUCUAUAUGAAUAA